CUAUUUUUGAACCAGCGCUAAAUUUGAUUGAACUGGAAGAAAAAGUAUGCCAAGAAAAAAGGCCAAGGCAUCAACACGUGCCAAACCAGUGUUACCAGACGGAAAUGAAGGGGAUACGCUAUCUGAACAAGAGAAGCAAGAAAAACUAGAUGCAUUUCUAGAAGAUCUUGAUAGUAAAGUAAUUGAAAAGAAGUUAAAAUUGGAAAAACUUAUACAUAGUGUUUUGAACCACAUAGAGGCAUGUUAUACACAGGAAAUAAAGAGAUUACCUUUGACCAUAAGACAGAUGAAACUCAGUGAUUUCAUAGCCUUAGGAGGAACAGUAGAUGCAGUAUUGAAUAAUCCAGAUAUAUGUGAAGCUGAUGAUGAUUUUGAUCCAGCACAGAUGAAAUGUGUUUCUACAGUAAAAAGAGCAUGUGCAAAAUCGAGACUCAAUUCUAUUAGAAUGUAUGAUACUAUAUCAGAGGAAGGCCCAGCAGAAAAUAGUAUGAUGGCAUCAACAAAGAAAAAGAAUGGAGUAAAGAAGGCGAGGAAAGGAAAGAACAGUAGCAUUCUAGCCAACAUAUCUAAUACCAUGCCUCCACCAAGUAUGCCUCCACCUCCAUCCUCAGCGUAUAGAAAUGGGUAUUUUACACCUGUGAAUAGAGGUUUAGCAGCUGCAGGAUGGGAUACCCCUAUGAUCACCCCCAAAUUUGACCCUAGAUUACCUGUUACCCCAACUCAGAUGAGAGAUGCUAGACCAGGGGAACUGUACAUGUCAUUAGGUGGUAGUCCUAUUAGAGAUCCAGUAUCCAUGAUGCAGAAUGUUUUAAAAGAUAAAGAACGUGAACUCUUGGAACAGUUUGAAUCUCCAGAAAGAAUAAAGGAUGUAUUGAGUGCACUAUCAGACAUUAUAGGGAAAGCUAAAGGGAAUGGGGAAUAGCGGAUGAAACUUAUUGUAGUUUUUCUUAAAUGAUUCUGUUUAUGUACAGUACUUAUUUUAAUUUAACAUAUUUUUUAUACAUUGAGCAAUAUAGACUUUUAAUUUUCUUUGAUGCAAUAUUCAGAUUUUAUUGCAUCUAGUUCAGUUAUUAUGUAUAAAAACAGUACAUCUAGACUGUAUGCAUGACAUCACAUUAUAUAGUCAAUUACUUUAAUAUCGUGUUUUACAUUUAUAGUUGAAUGGAUCAGGGCUUUUCCAUUUCAACUAGAAAAGUUUUAAGGAGAACUACUGGAGUCACCUCCAUGCAUGGUUUCUUAAACUACAUAACAAUAGACUGUAUGAAGAUUUUUUGAUUACUUCUAUUGGUGAAAAUUGUCUGGUUUUCCUGUGACGAAAACAAAAUGAAAUGGAAAAGCUCUCAUCAUACUAACUGUUACUAUCAUGCUUUCGUGCUUUUACGUCUUCUGUUUUCUAUACAGUCUCUGUGAGAUUUGUCAACCUUUUUAUCUGUCAUUUUUUUCCUUGUAUAUCAUUAUGUAUUACAUGCCUUAUUGUAAACAAAAAUAUUAACUGGGACAUGAUAUUGUUUAAACACGAAAAGGAAAACCAAAACAUUUUUGUUGGACUUUAAUACGUAUUAAUGAACACAUUAGCUGCACCCCAACAGUUUCAUUUUUUGCUGAACAGGUGUUCCAUGCUUAGAAAAACCCAAGGAAAAGGGAUAUAUGGAUAUAUUGUUUUUAUAUUUUAUAUGGUGAAAUAUGUGCAUGAUGAAAUGCCUUCCAAAUAACCCAUUUUAUUUUUGCAACAAUUUCAGUACGUACAAUAUGGGUGUAUCAUGCUUACUGCUUAGAGAACGACCAUUUAACUUCAAGGGGGGGGGUUAUGGUUUUUUUCCUAAAAAAAAUAUUCUGAUCUCCAAUUUGAUGAAAAAAAAUAUUGUGGUCAAGCAGAUGACAAAUAAAAAUAUUCUGAAUCCAGAUUAUCACCAUACCUUAUAGUGUCAAAUUUUGAAAAAAAAUAAUUUGAUUGAUAGCAUCGAAAAACUAAAAAAAAAAUGUUUACGCUUUUGCGAAAAAAAAUUUCUGACUCAGACAAAAAAUCAUACCCCCCCCCCCCCUUGAAGUUAAAUGGUUGCUCCCUUAUUGUGUGAUUUGUUCACUUUAUAAGAUAAAAUGUAUAUGGACUCGUCAUGUCCUUAUGAAACGGAAAAAAUUUAUAUGUUGAGUUUCACAGAUUUUUACAUUGCCUAUCAUAGGUCAAAGAUUUUAUAGUUGACAAUUUGGUUUUACCAAAGAUCUAUCAAUUCUGUGUAAGUAUUACUAUAUUUAUAUUUCUUACAUGGUGUAUUGAUUUUAAUGCAUUUUGUAGAGGUAAUUUUUCAUGAAAAUAGUUCACAUAGAACAAAUAGAUAAGUAUCUUAAUGUGUAUAGGGUAUAUUCAAAUUAUAAUAUCUAUUCGUCUUUCCAAAUUUUCAGUAAUUUGAAUGGUUGUAUACCCGGUACAGAAAUGUUAAAUGUACUAUCCUUUGCUUAAGAUGAUGUUAACCAACACAAAUGUUUUAUUAUAAAUAGAUAAGAUUUGGGGUAAAUGUCAAUAUGAAAACACUCCAACAAGAUAAAAAAACUACAGAUAAACACUUAAAUAUUUCUCAAAUUUUUUAUAAUGAAUCUUAUAUUGCAAGUAUGUAUGGAUUUUCUUAGUUGUGAAAAUAAGUUUAAUGCAGUCUGCAUCAAUGACGCUUUUGGAGGAGGGGACCUAAAGGGUAAUUUGUAGAUUUUUUUUUCUUCAGAACAUGUAAAUUUUGUGCAAAUCAAAUACUAUUAAAGUCAUGCCUGAAUCACUAGUGUUUUAUACAAAAUCAAAAGGAGGUUAUAAGGUAGAUUUGCAAUACAUUUUGAUUUUUUUUAUUCAAAGGUCCAAAAAUGUAAUGCUAUCAUACCUUCUUCUUCUAGGAUUCUCUCAAAUAUUUAGAUCAAGCAUUCUUAUGUAAAUGUGUGAUUGUUUAGAAAAUAUAUAUGCUGAGAAAAUGCUGCGUUUUUUUUUUUUACGUCAUAUUUUUUUUUAUGCAAUGAACAAUUCUUUCUUUAUUGCUGAGUUGAAGAAAAAGACAAUUCAGACAAGUUGUUUGAAAAUAAAUAUUGUAUAUCUAUACUUAGUCUAAAAUAUUGUCCUCAGUUAUCGAAUAUUUUAUUGUAUGCAUUUUGAUAUAACUUCAGAAUGUAUGCUGUCUUUUAAAUUAUCCUCACAAUCAAAGAUUCUCUUAUGACCUUGCAAAUUAACUAGGGAUGUCAACGAGUACUAGAGUAUUCGAGUAUUGCUCAGUAGUACAGAGUAUCGAAUAUCAAAACGAUACUUGACUUAUCAAUUUUUUGUUAGAAUAUUGCUGUCUUCUUUAUAUAAAAUUGAUCUUCUUGAGAACCUCUUUUUGAAAAUUAAAUAGGCAUCACUGAUUAAUCAUUCUAGUAAAUAAAAUACAUUUUGUUUCAAAUGCUUGUGCUAACUUGCCAUUUAAAAUGCCUCCGAAAAUAUGUGGGCUAUACCUAGGCCAACACUUUAAAUUAAACAUGUCUUAGCCAUUCCGUCACAUCAGUACUGUCAGAACCAAUAUUUUCGUCUGCAAGACUAAUUUACAAGUUGCAAACCGACUGUCCCCAAUAAUACUUGACAAGAAAAGGUUUCCAAAUAAAAUAAAUUUGUUGCAUCCUCUGAUGAUCCUCAGUUAAUAGUUAAACUUCUAAUCCUUACGCCAUUGUAAACAUUAAAUGUGUUUUCUUAACAAUUACCAAAUACUAUUGUUUGAUAUGGUUUUUCCUUGUUAAAAUUUAAAUAGGUGUUCAUUAAAUUAUAUUGAUUAGAUUAUUGUUUUUUACUAAAUUAGUACUUGUAGGUACUGAGCUACUAAUUAUGGUGUGUAUUUCCUUGUCCCAGAUACUUAUGUAGAUGGCUUUUCGUCCGUCGAACAACAAACCACAGAAUAUUAAUUACGUAUUUUUGUGUUUCUGUGUUGUAGAUAUAUUCACAAGCGAGUACUCAAGUAUUGCUCGAUAAAACCAACGAGUACUCGAUUAGUAAUUGUUCACCGAGUUGACAUCCCUAAAAUUAACCCAAAAUAAUUAAGUUAUAAUACCGUGAUAAAUUGCAAUGUUUUUAAACUUCUGAACAUGGACUUUCAAGAAAUGUAAAUACAAGCUUAGAGUAGACUUUGAUGUCAUUAAUAGCCUUGAUGACAUAGUGUAGACUUUGAUGUUGUUAAAAGUCUUGAUGACAUAGUGUACACUUUGAAGUCAUUAAAAGUCUUGAUGACAUAGUGCAGACUUUGAUGUCAUUAAAAGUCUUGAUAACAUAGUGUAGAAUUUGAUGUCAUUAAUAGUCUUGAUAACAUAGUGUAGAAUUUGAUGUCAUUAAAGUCUUGAUGACAUAGUGUAGACUUUGAUGUCUAAAAGUUGGGCCAUAUGGUUAUUUUGACAGAUUUUGAGCAGAAAUAAACAAAUAUCAGGAAUUUGUUUGUUAAAUUUAACACUAUAUACACUUCAUUUGUGCUAAUCUUUGUGGGCAGGCUAUUUGGGACAGUGGGAUCUUUUCUCUUUCAUAACAUGAUUGAGACAUAGUCAAAUUAUUUUGGAAGUUCACCAUUUAACUGAAUUUAUUGUCAUUUCAUAGCUGUAUCAUACUAUUAAUUUUUUAUAUAAAGCAUUUCCUUUCCAUGGUUAUACUUUUAUGUUCAUGAAAAGGAAAUAUUUCAAACCAAAAUUUCAGUCUUUUCUUUAAUUACAUAGAUUCAACAUUUAAUAAUGCAAGUUUGAGAAAUUUUUAGAUAAACUGCAGUUUAGGACCAAAUUGACCGAAAUUGUACUCACUCCUUCAAUUAUGAUUGUACUGUUGAAUUUAAUUAUAUUGAUGGAUUAAGACUACUAAUUUAGCUAAAUAAGUAUAUAUGUAUAAAACCAAACUAUUAUAGACAAUUUGUUUGAUGUAUUUUGAAAAGUGGUAUAAAGCAAUACCUCUUUAUACAGUCUCAGUUUUAAAAAAUAAAUAAUCACCAAGUAGA